GUGGUGGGGUUUUUUGCGCGUUUUAUUUAAAAAAAAAAGAAGCUAUUAUUUAAAUUUGGAGCGCUUAUUCACAAGUUUAAACCGAGAAGCAUAGAAAGCACAAAAACCGAUAGACGCGGAAAGAAAAACGAUAUUCAGGUAGUUCGAGGGAGUAACUUUCCUGCAGUUCACCAGAUGGUGCCACUGUGGGGCUUAUUGGACUUAUACCCUAAAAUAGACUUGUGGCAAAUAGCAACAAGGCCACCGGACUUAGUUUGCAGGACAGUUUCAUUAGACGCCUUUAGCUUCUUGUGGAGGAGGGGAGUUUAUCUGGUAGUCUUCUUUCAAUAUUAACCUACAAACCUAUAUGUAUAGGUCAUCACAGGAGAGCGGAGUUGCGGUGGGCGGAGCCUCGCUGCGUGUCGUCAUCACGCAGAAAGGUGCUGGAUGGGUAUAGCUAUGGUCCGUGCUACUUCAGUCUGCCGGAGACUGAAAGAGGGAGAUGUGAGAGCGACUACGGCAGCUUCAGCUGGUUUUACCUUUUACGGAUAACUAACGCCGUUAACAACCGGGACAGGACACCGGCUCGGAUUUGAAGAUCUACCACCUCCAGCUGUCGUUAUUCAUUGGCGACACGCUGUGAGAGAAGGCUCCGCUCUGCUGUUCUACGGCGCGCCCCAGUCAUUUGUCCUUGACACCCAAAUGCUGUGUGCCGAUUGUCAUGCCACCCGUCCUCUGUGAGUUAUGACGGCUGCUUCGUUGACUCAGGAAAAAGGCUGCUCCUUGGCUCACCAGUGAGCAAGUCGCAUGAUGAAGGAGGGUCCUGGAAGUCUGCUCUUCAAGGAAUCUGCCAGCAGGAUAUGAGUAUUUUGAGCCCUGUGACAGAUAACAAAUCAAACCUUGUGGGAAUUGUGGGAGGCCCAGAAGAAUACUCCAGAGUCAUGCAGUCAGAGGAGCUAUUCAGCAGGAAGCUCAAAGCCUUGAGCGAUAGCAUGGGACCUCCAGCCUCCAGCAUGCAGGGGAAACCUGAUGGUGCAGGCAAAACAAACGGUACUCCGGCAAUGCCUAAAAUGGGUGUCAGGGCCAGGGUCACAGAAUGGCCGCCAAGGAAAGACGGAUGGGACGGGCGGCCUUCACCUAACUAUCAGAGUGUGAUACCCAUGUUUCAGAACGGCCAGCAGGAACACACUGUGGAAAUACUAGAACAAGGUGAAGCAGUCUGUCUGGAGGUGGACUACACUGACAAAUACACGCUGAGUGACUUUCUCAGCCACUCUCCGCUGAAGGGUCUGCACCCUAUCCGUCAGCGGAGCAACAGUGACGUUACCAUAAGUGACAUCGACUCUGAAGACGUAAUGGACCAGAAUGCCGUCAACCCAAACACUGGAGCUUCGCUGCACCGCGAGUACGGCAGCACAUCCUCCAUUGACCGCCAGGGCCUGACUGGGGAUGGCUUCUUCACCAUGCUUAAGGGCUACCGAGUUGAGACCCUGGACCACCGCAGUAUACCCCCUCUGGGUUUCCCCGAGUUGCUGCGCUGUGAUGCCUCGCUGUCCCCCAGCUUGCAGACAGCAGCACAAAUUGCAAGGGGUGAGAUAGUCCACAUUCCAGGCUAUGACUACAUAGACAGCUCCCUACUCUACAGCCGGGAACGGGAGAAGUCCUUCAUGCGACGUCUUAAAUCAGAGUCGUCAGAAACUUCACUGUUUAGGAAACUUCGGCCCAUAAAGAGCGAAAGUGACGCGCUGCGGCUCUCAAUCGAGGACGACCGGCGACCGCUCAGCUUCCAAAAAUGCUUCGCCCACUACGAUGUGCAGAGUGUGCUUUUUAACAUCAGUGAGGCGGUGGCGAGCAGAGCUAACCUGAGCCAGAGGAAAAACACUACUACCGGUGCCUCGGCCGCCUCAGCUGGAGCCGGAGCUGGUGGCGUGUCCGGAGGUGGAGGCGGCGCUGGACCUGGAGCAGGAGCCGAUGGUGGAGCAGUAGGAUGCAACAGUGCAAAUCCCCCCAUGUUUGAGUCUCCACUGGGCAGCAGAGAGGACUUGAACCCAAAGGAGAACCUGGAUGCAGACGAGGGGGACGGGAAGAGCAACAGCUUGGUGCUGAGUUGCCCGCACUUUCGCAAUGAGAUUGGUGGCGAAAGCGAGAGGAAGAUCUCCCUCUCCAGAGCCAACAGUGUCAACUACAGCGGUUUGUCAGAGAGCUGCUCUUUCGAGUCGUCCCUAAGUUCACACUGCACCAACGCAGGAGUUUCUGUGCUGGAGGUGCCUCGAGAAAACCAGCCAAUCCACAGGGAAAAGGUCAAACGCUACAUCAUCGAGCACAUUGACCUUGGAGCAUACUACUACCACAAAUUCUUCUACGGGAGAGAGCAUCAGAAUUACUUCGGUGUAGAUGACAAUCUUGGGCCCGUGGCAGUCAGCAUCCGCAGGGAGAAGCUAGACGAUGGAAGGGAUAAGGAAGGGACGCAGUACAACUAUCGGGUCACCUUUAGAACCAGUCAGCUGACCACCCUCCGUGGUGCCAUCCUGGAGGAUGCCAUUCCAUCCACGGCGAGACACGGGACGGCCCGCGGACUGCCGCUCAAAGAAGUACUUGAAUAUGUCAUCCCUGAGCUGAAUAUCCAGUGUCUGAGGCUGGCCAUCAACUCUCCCAAAGUCCCGGAACAGCUCCUCAAGCUGGAUGAGCAAGGGCUAAGCUUCCAGCACAAGGUGGGAGUACUCUACUGCAAGGCUGGCCAGAGCACAGAGGAAGAGAUGUACAACAACGAGAGUGCCGGCCCAGCACUGGAUGAGUUCUUGGAUCUGCUUGGUCAGAGGGUGCGCCUCAAAGGCUUCACCAAGUACAGAGCUCAGCUGGAUAACAAGACGGACUCCACAGGCACGCACUCUCUUUACACUACCUAUAAAGACUAUGAGCUGAUGUUUCACGUGUCCACCAUGCUCCCCUACACACCCAACAACCGGCAGCAGUUGCUAAGGAAGAGGCACAUUGGCAAUGACAUUGUCACCAUAGUGUUUCAGGAGCCCGGGGCCCUUCCUUUCACUCCAAAAAACAUCCGCUCUCAUUUCCAACAUGUGUUUGUCAUUGUCAAAGUCCACAACCCGUGCACUGAUAACGUCUGCUACAGUGUGGCUGUGUCCAGAUCUAAAGACGUGCCUCCGUUUGGCCCCCCUAUUCCCAAGUCUGUAACUUUUCCAAAGUCUGCGGUUUUCAGGGACUUCCUGCUCGCCAAGGUCAUCAACGGAGAGAACGCAGCACACAAGUCGGAGAAGUUUCGGGCCAUGGCGACUCGUACGCGGCAGGAGUACCUGAAGGACCUAGCCGAGAACUUUGUCAGCACGGCCACUAUAGACUCAGCUGUCAAAUUCAGCUUCAUCAGCCUCGGAGGCAAGAAGAAGGAGAAGGUGAAACCCAGGAAGGACGCGCAUCUGUUCAGCGUGGGAGCGAUCACCUGGAGCGUCCGUGCCCGGGACUUUGGCCAGUCGCUGGACUUCGACUGCUUGCUUGGUAUAUCCAAUGAGUUCAUCGUGCUCAUUGAGGAGGAAUCAAAAAAUGUGAUCUUCAACUGUUCGUGCCGCGACGUCAUCGGAUGGACCUCAGGGAUUAUGAGCAUUAAGAUUUUCUAUGAACGGGGCGAGUGUGUCAUGCUGUCCGCUCACGACAACUGCGGAGAAGACAUCCGGGAGAUGGUGCAGAGACUAGAGAUCGUCACCAGAGGGUGCGAAACCACGGAGAUGACACUUCGCCGGAAUGGCCUCGGCCAGCUCGGCUUCCACGUCAAUUUCGAGGGCAUCGUAGCCGACGUGGAGCCCUUUGGUUUCGCCUGGAAGGCAGGACUGAGACAGGGCAGCCGACUGGUGGAGAUCUGCAAGGUGGCCGUUGCUACCCUCACUCACGAGCAGAUGAUUGACCUGCUGCGCACCUCGGUGACUGUCAAAGUGGUUAUAAUUCAACCUUAUGAAGAUGGCACUCCCCGAAGGGGCUGCUCCGAGCUCUACCGCAUACCUAUGGUGGAGUACAAGGUGGACAGCGAGGGUACGCCGUGCGAGUACAAGACGCCCUUCAGGAGAAAUACCACCUGGCAUCGCGUGCCCACGGCUGCCGGAGCGCUAUCCCGAGGCUCGCCCACUCAGGGCCCCGAACGCCUGCAGUGUCAGCAGAUCCUCCAGCAGCACCAGGCAGCUAUCCCGCGAAGCACCUCCUUUGACAGGAAGUUGCCAGAUGGGUCCAGAACUGUGCAGGAUAUGGAGAAUCCCCAGGUCACCUCGUGUAACAAGGGAGACCAGCACUACCGCAGUUCACCCAGCAACCAGUCGUCCUCCAGUGAUCCAGGGCCCUGUGGCAGCAGCACAUGGUCCCAGCAGCCUGGAUAUGAUGGGUGUCCCUCCCCUAUCCUCCAUGAGCGGGUAGGGGACAUGCAGGGAGGGGAUGGAGAGAUCCACAGAGAGAGAGAGCCCACCCUGGAGAGGACUAGGUCUGCAGAGGCCAAAUGGCACAUCCCCUCCACCAAGAUCCUGAACCCUCUGAAGCAAAGAGAAGGAGGGAAGGACUCACCCAACAAGCUGUCCAGGGCGGGUGAUAAAAACUCAAGCCACUCAAGUAGCAACACUCUUUCAAGCAACGCCUCCAGCAACAGUGACGAUAAGCACUUUGGCUCUGGGGACCUGAUGGACCCCGAGAUGCUCGGCCUCACCUACAUCAAAGGCGCAUCCACUGACAGCGGCAUAGACACUAAUCCCUGCGUGGCCCCCGGGGCCCGAGUGUUGCUGCAGGGAAGAGUCGGGGAGCAGGGACACCCGUGGGUGUCGGAGCACCACGAGGAUGGGGCGUUGGAAGAGGAUCAUGGGAAAAUGUACCUACCGCAGGGCUACGCUUCUGCCAUUUUGUCUAGCCAUGUGACGGAGGGCAGUAUCGGAGACCUGAGCGAGAUCUCGUCCCAUUCCAGUGGCUCACACCACUCUGGCAGCCCCCUGGCCCGUGGUGCCAGAUACUGUAUGUCCGCUGACUCCUCCAAGGUGUACACCAUCCCACAGACCAGCAGCUCAGGGCCAGAGCUGGUACAGGGGUCCGGGCUUGGGCCCGGCUCAGAGGCUUGUGGACAGGCACGCACACAGUCCGGUUGCAAAUUCACAGUGGGCGCGAAGGCGACUGAUGAUGAUGAUGAUGAUGAUGCUGCCCACAGCACUGAGGAACCUCCCAACAUUUCAGAGUGUGGGCAGUUGUACGCACAAGAGGCUGCGUGCCGGCUCCAGGCCACUGAGCGGGAUGGAAAAUCUCUGCAGAGACUCUCGAAAGAGGAAUACGUUAAAAUGAUGCUGCCCGACAGCCCACCAGGAGAAGACAGGAGUCGCAAGGUGUCAGCAGUGGACAGCUUGUCCCCCAGACGCUCGCUGUACCGAACGCUGUCCGACGAGAGCGUGUGCAGUAACCGGAAAGGCUCGUCGUACGCCAGCUCGCACAGCUCCAUGCUGGACCAAGCCAUGCCUAACGACAUCCUAUUCAGCACCACCCCACCUUACCACAGCACGCUGCCGCCUCGCAUGAUCCACAACCAGGGCGCGUCCAACCUGCGGAAUGAGUUUUGGUUCUCUGACGGCUCCUUGGCGGACAGGUCCAAGUUCAGCGACCCGGGCCUCAUGCCCCUCCCUGACACUGCCUCUGGGCUGGACUGGUCUCACCUGGUUGAUGCAGCACGAGCCUUCGAAGACCAGCGCGUGGCGUCCUUCUGCACCAUGACCGACAUGCAGCGGGUCGAGGCUCUGCAGAUCUCGAGAGAACUGACCAGACGGGUGGUGGAGGCGGAAGGAGCGGCGCUGGAAGCAGACUCCCCCUCCACACUCACUGGCAAAGUCAACCAGUUAGAGGUGAUCCUGAGGCAGCUGCAGCACGACCUCAGAAAGGAGAAAGAGGAUAAGGCGAUGCUACAGGAGGAGGUGCAGCACCUGAGACAGGACAACAUGCGACUGCAGGAGGAGAGCCAGACCGCAGCGGCGCAGCUCAGGAAGUUCACAGAGUGGUUCUUUCACACCAUCGACAAGAAACCCUAAGAGAGAGGGAGAGAGGGAGAGAGAAAGCAUGAUGGCCUUUAUUCCUCACGGGCACCCACUCUACUCCUACUUAAGACUCCCAGAUGAUCCACAGGCAAACAAACUAUAAAACAAACCAUUACCAGCCCCCAAGAGUAAUCAAGACACUUUCAAACAACCCCAUGCUUAGGAGACUAUCGUGCAGUCCUGGGUGAGAAACCUGAAACCCCGAUCUGGACUUUUACUUUUGGGAUCGUCCUCUGUCUGAAGCGCAGGGUCGUGUCUGAUUUAACUGGUGAACGAGGCUCUUGGGGAAAUACCACCCCCACCUCUAUCUCCAGCACUAAAGAGGAAUCAAGAAAGACAACCCAGGGCCCCGCCUGUCCACGGGAUCUUCUUACAGUAGAGGAAUGUAAAGCUCAUUUACUGUAGUGAACAUAUAAUCUACCUACGUAUGUCGCAUCGGUCUACUGUACUGUAUACUCAGCUGUACUGUAUCAUACUGCACACACUGUCACACAGCUGUUUCUGUGCCGGCCGUCACGGACACAAGAAAGUAUAGAGGGGCGAGGCGAGAGGGAGGAGGGGAGGAAUGUACUGGACAUAAUGAAGUGGUACUUACUGUCUGCUUGCACCAAGAGGAAUCCACAUGUGGCGCUCUUGAAACGUACGGCGGGGGGGGGGGGGGAAAUGAAUGUAGCUCAACUGAGAUCUUUACUUUCUUUUUUCUCCUGCUUUCUGGUUUCCAAAGUCGCAAAAGUUUUGAGGUUUGCUGUUUUUCAGAUUUUUUUUUUUCUUUGUUUUUGUUUUGUUUCUGAUGAAUUCCACAUUUUCCUUUCCUCUGUGUUGUAAUGUAGGGUCACAUGGCAGUAAUUUUGAUGUUUUAAAGGUGCUUUUCCCUACGCACAUUUGUCACUAGUUUCCAUUCACUGUCACAAUGUCCUAGCAAUAACAAAGUGGUAGUUACAAAACUGUGUUUUGUUUUUUAUUUUAAUUUUUUGUUUUUUAAAAGAAGUUACCACACGCGUGAAGAGUUCCUGUCGAGUCGCAGUUGUAUUUGACGUGUAUUUAUGAAACAAGGAAGAGACUGUGCCUAAACUCUUGGUUGUCGGUGGAUUGUUUCUCUUUGCUUUUAGUUCUCUUUUUGUAAACACACGCCUUGUCUGUGGCUCACUGAUAGAAAAAUAAAUUGCGUGUGUGUAUGUGUGUGCGAGAGAGAGAGAGAGGUUGUGUGUGUGUGUGUGUAGUUUAUCACAGGAAAAUGUGUUCUUAUGCAGUGGUUUCUAGAGCAUUAGAGCAAGCGCCAGUGAACCACACUUACAAUGCCAAAUGUGUUUAUUUUCUGUACAUACCUGCCACAGAAGUGUCUUGUAUUUAACACUAUUAUUUAAGCUUAUUUAACCUAAAGUUGUUUAUUUUAUUAAGGGUAUUUGUUUUGUUUUGUUUUGUCUCCACUAAGGAGAGAUGAAGCUCUGUGUAUGUUGUAAAGUGUGUAGCUUGCCGGGGCAAAAAAAAAAAGAAAAACAACAACAAAACUAUAUAUUUAAAUAUAUAAAUGAUGAUUUUGGAGAUUCCAACAUUUGGAUGCUGCUAGAUUAACAGUUUGCUGGUUUGUAUGCUUUUAAAAACUGUCUCUCUCCAUGAACUGUCUCAUCCCUGGUGAGACAUUGGGCGCUUUUUUGUUUUUUUGUUUGUUUUUUUUAAAUAAAUG